CUCUAAAGAUUUUCGAUGUCUAUCUAGCUUGGCAAUAAAAAAGGCAUCUAUUAAAGGAAAUCUUCAGUCGUAUCCUUAUUUGCUACCUGGUCACCAAAUUUGUAGUCUUCAUUAUACAGCUAUUGUUGAAAAUCAGUUACCUACACCUGCGCCUGCACAAAAUGAGUCCUAUAAUGAAGUAUCUACUCCAACAUUACCAAUUAACCUAUCACUAGGUUCUGGUGCAACUUGCGAUACAAUUAAUACUUUAAGCAAUACUGGAAUUUUGGUUACCUAUCAAACAGUAUAUAACUACAAAAAAAAAAUUGCUGGCAAACAUCCAAUAAGGGUAAAAAAAUAUUUUAAUGACAAUAAAAACCUUUUUUGCAUAUACAACCUGGAUGAUUAUCAUAACAUCCAUGAAAAUCGACGUCCAGAUAAUACAUCUCUUUCGGGUGCAGUUCAUCUAGCAACAUGUGUAUGCAAAAAGGUUGAAAGGUCAAAUCCUGUGCCAGUUAUAUUUAAUAAUAAGUCUGUUCAUAAUCUAAAUAAUAUCAAUGCAUCUAUUAUUUGUGAAAGGCUUAUUAACCGAUACCAGUAUUGCUUCAAUUUGUCAUAUUCUCAACGGAUGGCUCAAUGGAAUAGCUUGUCUUUUCCUAACUUUGAUAGAAUAGAUCAGCUUUCAAUACAUUUUUAUGAUAAUGCUAUUGAAGAACGAAAAGACGAACACAAAAUGAAAGGUGCAAUCUUAUCAGGAGUAAAGGAACAACAGCUACAUUCCAUGCAAGAUUAUCUAAAUGCACUUAAUAUUAUCUUAGACUAUAAUAAAGAAAUAGGUUAUCUUGAUAGUAAUGUAGCGCCAAUUGUUGCUAACUAG